UCACUUAAGUACAUGAAUGUUUCGACGAAGCUAAAUUUGUAUAACAUAUACUGUAAAUUGCUGCUACAUACACUUUGAAAACAUGUGAAAACAUAUUAUAUUAGCUUACAAUCCAAAUGCAUGCCCAUGUACAAGCGACCAUGGCAAAUCCCAUUCACAGACCGGAUAUUUUUCGUUGGAAAACGACAAAGACAAAAACACCAGGCAGUAUUAAGGUGCAGCUGAAUGAGAAUGACAUAAAGCAGUGGGUGAAGAGGGUGGAGAAGGCUUCAGAGUUUGCUGUAGCUGAGGUGUUUUCCAUUAAGAAACCAUGUGGUAGAAAAAAAAGUAUGGCUCUGCAGAACGUAGAGCAGCUACAGGAUCACAAUGAUGCGUACAGUGAAGCUCAGUCAAUUCUAAGUGAAUGGAUGAACCAGAAAUUACGUCUGGAGCUUGAAAUGGAUGAUGACGAGGAGGAAGAGGAGAAGGAAGAAUCCAAACAACUUGUUAAAACCACACAAUCCAGCUAUAAUAACUUUGAUGACAUGUACUUUCACCUAGCACAGGAGGAGGAGAACUCUGUAGUGCACAAUUUCCUCCAGGACCUGAUGGAAACCGAGGUGUUGGACUUUGGGAUAGUGGAGGACCUUAAAGUAGACUCUGAUCAGAAUAAGAAGAAAUGGAGGGACCCUAGCAUUACCAUGGAGGUGCGUCACAAGCAGGUAAAGGAGAACCGCAUGCGCAGAGAUGCAGAGCAUGAGAAACUGCAUAAAGAGAAGGAAGUGCUAAGGGAGGUGCGAGAGGAGGCGUGGCAACUGGAAAAGGAGAAGCAGCGAAAGAAGAGGCAGGAGGCACACAGACAGGAAGAACUGAUCCACCAGGAGAUGAUUCGCCUACGCAGAGAGAUGGAGGAGAAGAGGAGUGUGGAGCAGCUUGCACGAAACAUGUAUAACAACCACAAGAGUAUUUGGAUUUUACCAAAGGGUCACUUCCCACAGCUGUUCUAUCCAACAAAGAGUGCCUCGGGGGAAAACACCAGCAGCCACACCAUCCAAAAAGCAUCUCUGCAUCGUGCAGCUCUUCCCCAGCCUACAGUACAAGCCAUGGAGGAAAGAGCACAGCAGCGUGCCGAGCGCCGGAGAGAGAUAGAGGAGCGGAGGAGACAGAAACAGGAGGAGAAACUGGCUCAAAUGAAGUCAGCUGAGGAGGAAAGACUCAGAGCUGAGGAAGAGGAGAAACAAGGGGAGGUAGAGAGGAAGAAGGAAGAGAAGAGGCAGCAGAGAAAGAGAGAACUUGAGAAGCAGAAGAGAGCAGAACGGGAACAGGAACUGUCAAAGCGGGCGGCCCAGCACUACCUCAGAACCCUUUUACUGCACCGAGGCCUGGCACCAUGGAAACACCUGCUGGAGCAAAGCCAUGUCAACACACAGAAAGCGGUGGAUCAUUACACACUGGCUCUGCAGAGACGCUGCUUCUGCUCCUGGCUUCAGUCUGUGGAUGAGGCCCAUGCAGAGAGAGAGGCCAGUGCCAACCAGCUGUAUCACCGGAUCUUACUUCAGAGGGUUGUGUGUAGCUGGAAAAGGAUAGUAGAAAAAGAAAUGAGAGCUGUCAAGAAGUGUUUUGCUGGCUGGAGGCGUCUUCCUGUUGUCUUGCGAGAAGAGAAAGAAAGAGAGGCACGCAGAGAGCAGCUCAGACGUAAAGUGGCAGAGAUUUUGCCCGACUUCCGCUCCUCCCCUAUUGACUCCCCGUGGCACUCCGUAAAUCCUCUUUAACUGCACACACAGGCUUUACAUGACAUCAUCAAAUGACACUGAAAACAUCUGCAGCUUGAUGAGCCACCAUGUUUAAUCAUUUUACGCUUGUUUAUUUCUCCAUGGUACAGUUUAAUCGAACAACUUGUAGAAUGGAAUGCAUUACAUUAUAAAACCGUCUCACAUGGGACAAAGAAACAUCCGGAUUCUGAAGUGCUUCUUUAGCGGUUUCUUUAGAAGGCAUUUAAUGAAAGGAAGCCAACUUUGAUUAAAAAAUGCUGCAACAAUUCCUGCACAUCAAAAAAUUGCUGGAUGGUACAUGCCACAGAUUUGUCCCCAGUUGAAGCACAUGAAAAGAAAAUACACACACAGGCACAAAGACCUCAAAUAACAAACAUGAAGCUCCACAUAAAACAUUCAUACUGAGAUGACAGUUUUAAAGCUGUGUGCUGUCUGGAUAUAGAUGCAGUGUUGCAUCACUUCUGAUGUUCCAAAAAGGCACUAAAUAAGGCUUGAUACUCAAUGUUUGUUCACAUAAGACACACUUUGGAGUUGAGGGAACAAAUAUUAGCCAGCAAAAUCUAUAAAAGAGCCAUCUAGCAGUGAAUGUAAACCAAAAAUGUGUGAUAUUUGUUAGUUUGUUUUCCUCUAAUUGUAAGUGCAAGUUACACAUGGUUCCCUAUGAUUGAAAUUACU